AUGACUGGCUCCGACGACAACAAACAGACUGUCAUCUCGCGUGGCAUCUUCCACGGCUUACCGACGUUUCCAUCCACACCAGCCAACAAAAACCUCACAGCCAUCAUCACCGGCGCCAAUGGGAUCUCCGGCUACCACAUGUUGAAAGUUCUGGCCGCGGCACCAGAGCGCUGGGGUAAGAUCUACUGCCUAUCACGCCGGCCGCCGCCCGACUACUUCUUCACGGAUCUCGGCGAGGGUGCCAGUCGAGUCGAACAUAUCUGUGCGGAUUUCUUGUCGGAGCCGGCUGAGUUGGCCAAAAUCUUAGGGAAGAUCGGGACCGUGGACUAUGCUUUCUUCUUCUCGUAUAUGCAGCCGGAGCAGAAGGGCAAUAUUCUGGGCAUGUGGUCUAACGCCGACGCGCUCGCCGAGGUCAACUCUACCCUCCUCCGCAACUUCCUGGGGGCUCUCGAGAUCGCAUCACUGAAGCCACGCCGUGUGCUUCUCCAGACCGGAGCGAAGCACUACGGAUUCCACAUGGGACCGGCGACGAGUCCGUCUUUUGAGACAGAUGCACGCGUCCUCCUUGAGAACAACUUCUAUUAUCCGCAGGAAGACAUGUUGUUCGACUACUGCAAGCGCAACGGUGCCGAGUGGAAUGUCGUGCGUCCAUCUUAUAUCAUUGGCGCCGUGCGCGACAAUCUGCUGAAUCAUAUGGUUGGGUUGGCGGUCUUUGCGUCUGUUCAGGCUCACCUGGGCCAAAAUCUUCCGUUUCCAGGCGAUUAUACCGCCUGGGACAGGGAGUAUUGCCAGAGCUCGGCGAUGCUGAAUGCGUAUCUGGAGGAAUGGGCCGUAUUGAGUCCGAAUACUGGGAAUGAAGCUUUCAAUGCCCAAGAUGGUCUCCCCUUCACCUGGGGCCGCUUCUGGCCGUAUUUGGCCAGGUGGUAUGGCACGGCUUUUGCACCUCCGGAAACGGAUACUACAAAGUACCGGGAGAACGUCUCUCGCCAUGAUCAGAAUCCAAGAGGAUACGGACCUCCUGGUGUAACACGUUCCACAUUCUCGCUGCUCGAGUGGUCAGAGUCACCCCAGGUUGUCGAAGCUUGGAAGGAGUUGAGCCAGAAACAUGGCCUCCUUCUCGACCCAUUCCAAGACCGGGCGAAGAUCUUUGGUAUGACUGAUAGUGCCGUGAUUGGUGGGUGGGCGUUGUCCCUGAGUGUGCGAAAGGCAAGGAAGCUUGGAUUUCUAGGGAAUGUCGACUCAUAUGAAAGUGCCUUUCAUUGCCUCAAGGAUCUUGCCAGGUUGAAGGUCUCCCCCCCACUAUCAACGCAAGAAUUUGAGGAGGUUGUUUAA